CUCACAUGUAGAUUUUUAAAAGAAGUGUGGUCUGUAAAGUAAAAGUUGCAUUAUCUGGUGAAGCAAAUUCGACUUCAAGAGAUUUAUAUUAAAACUAAAUUAUAAACAGAAUUUAAGCAUUGUUCUCCAAUUGAUAUGUGAUAUUGGAUCUUUCAUUGCUACGACAGUCGCCCAUCAGCUGAGAGCUUAAUGAAAUGAAAUGGGGACAACUUUUUGUUAGUCCUGUGGAACUGCACAACCGUCUGUGAUUUCUCUCUCUUCCUUGUAUCUAGUCUAUUGCAAGCUGAGUUGCUUGCUGUAAUCCAUGAACAUGGCACAAACAGAUGUUCUACUUGUCGCUUGUGGUUCCUUUAACCCACCUACAAUUAUGCACCUCAGAAUGUUUGAAAUAGCUCGUGACCAUCUUGAACGACUUGGCCAACUGAAGAUAAUCGGUGGGGUCAUGUCACCAGUUCAUGACGCCUACCAGAAGCAAGAUCUGGUGUCAUCAGAACAUCGCUGCAACAUGCUCAGACUGGCACUUUCCGAUCAUGAUUGGGUGAGGCUCUCUGAGUGGGAGUGCCAACAGUCAGGCUGGACAAGAACUAGACAAGUUUUACAACAUUAUCAGAACCAACUGAAUUCUGCAAUGAAUGCAAAUCAUGAUUCACCCCUGAAACGACAGAGGCAAUGUUCAAACCGGGAUGAAGUAGAUGAUGCCGUGCAAAACUUCAGUAAUUGGAUUCCUAAUCAAUGUGCCUCUUCGGGAAGUGAUAGACCAGUUAAAGUGAUGCUUCUUUGUGGAGCAGAUGUUCUGGAAUCAUUUGCGAAGCCUGGAUUGUGGAAUAUUAAAGAUAUAGAAACAAUUGUUGGGCAACAUGGCCUUGUAGUUAUCACAAGGGAGGGAACCAACCCAUACAGAUUUAUUUAUGAAUCAGAUGUGCUCACAAAACAUAUGGGAAACAUAUUUAUUGUGACAGAGUGGAUUACAAAUGAAGUGAGUUCAACCAAGAUAAGAAGGGCCCACCGAAGGGGAGACAGCAUAAAGUAUUUGGUUCCUGAUUCUGUGAUGCAGUAUAUUCAACAAAACCAACUUUAUCAAGAAGGGGCUAAUUCAACAACAAAUGAAAAUAAGUAUCAACAAAAUUCAGCUGCAGUGGGAAACAGAAACAGCAGUGUGCAUUUUUCACCAAUGGGGAGUAAAUUAAUUGACUCGAGUCCCAAAGGAAGGGUUGUCAAUUUCAAAGUCAAAUCUCAUGAAAACAUUUCCAAAAUGGCUGAAUUUUUGGGCUCAGAGUUUGGCACUUACGGGGAGGGAUCCACAAUGUUAAAGGGACAUGAACUAAUUCUAAAUGAAGAGAAUAUGAAGAAGUCAGCAGUGAAUACACUGAAAGCCAUCUCUAAAUCUUCAAGCCGGGAUUGUUUGGAUGGUCGCAAGGAGCCUAUGAAAUCAAAGCAGAAGAAGAAACCUCCUUGCAAGAGGAAAAAACGAUGCUGAAUCAUUUGACUGUUUUGUCAAAUCGUCAGGAAACUUGAAGCAGCAUAUGAAAUGGAAGCAGAAAGAAAGCAUCGUGUUAGAGGAAGAAAUUGAGCUGAAUCAUAUAACAGUUUAGUCAAAUCAUCAGUUCUAUACUAAACCGGACAUGGAUGCAGUUUGUUGAUAAGGUGUCCUUCAUCACAGAUGCCUGUGCUCUAGCUUUAAGUAACUUUUUUACAUGAAUUGUUUUUAUUUUGUUGUGUAAUUUAAUAGAGAAUUUUACAUUUAUUAAGUAUUUAUAAAUGCAUGUGCCCAGUAGGUCUCAAAAUAUAUGGUUGUAUGAAGGACUCAUUCAGCUUGAAAUCUACUAAUGCUACUUGAUUGUUGAACAAUAAUUGUCUACAUGACACUAGUCUGUAAAUAAUGUUUCAAGCCUCAUGGGAUAAUUCUCACUGUUGGUCCUCUUUUUAUGAGGGUUGUUAAAAUUGAUCAAAUUCAUUUUGAUUUUUGAGUUGUUUUUCCAUUUUAUUUAAAGUAAUAAAAAAAGUUGUAUGAGAAA